ACAGAGUAUAACUUUUAUUUUACUAAUAGUCAAAGUAUACAAAUUUUACUACAAAAAAUUAAAACUGGACAAAUAGUACUCGAGCGGGAGGUUGUAUAAUUUAUUGAACCCAAUGCUACAUAUUCUCGGGGUAUAUGUACAUACAUAUAUACGUGUAUGACCAAAAAUGUAACACAUACAAGGUUCUUUCAUAUCUAAGAUAGCUCUCAUCUACUCUUCAAACUCGAUCAGUUUCACAAAGAAGGGUGGACCCUAUAUGCUGUGAAGAUCCCAUCAAGCUAAGGACUGUCUUCCCUCCAUUUCAAGAACUUCAAUUAGGGUUUUUAGGGUUAUAUAUAUAACACAUGGAUAAACAAGAAAAUUUCAAGGCUUCCUUGCCAACAAGUUAUGGAUAUUCUCUUGACCAAAUGAGCACCAAGUCAACUAGUCUUCUUGAUUGUCAACCAUCUUCCUCAAUGGUCAACGCUCGUCUCCCGCCGCCGCCGCUUGCCUCUGCGUUCUGCAGCAGCGGCGGCGGCGAUGCGGCAUCCCUGAGCUUUGCGGACGUCAUGCAGUUCGCGGACUUCGGACCGAGACUGACCCUGAACGAGACGGCUAGGGUACUUGAUCAGGAAGAGGCAGAGCUCGACCCUGCCUACUUCCUCAAGUACCCCGUCUUGGGCGAGAAGGGGCAAGAGGAAGAAGGCGGUCGCGCGAGCGGAGAAGAUGACGGGGGCACGGAGAUGAGGUUUCUCGAGGAGAAUGAUCAGCUGGAGGAGUCGCCUCUGAUGCCGCUUCGUAACGAGGCGGCAGUCAGGGGAGGAGGAGGAGGGGGGAAUAAUGGUAAGGGGAAGAGGAAGAGGGGAGAUCAAGCUUCAAUAGUUGGGGGAGCAAUUGAGUUUGUGAGAGAACUAGAGCAACUCUUGCAAUGCCUCGAGUCACAGAAGAGGAGGAGGCUCUACGGCGACGCUCCGGGGCUACCCGGCGGCUCCUCCGCGCCUCCUCCGCGAAUCCUGCCGCCGAUACCGGACGGGUACGGGGCGGUGGCUGGAAUGUGCGAGGAGGUGGCGGGGAGCAAGUCCGGAGCGGCGGAGGUGGAGGUGAAGCUGUUGGGGUGUGAGGGGAUGAUAAAGAUAUUGUGUAGGAAAAGGGAAGGGCAACUGGUAAAGGUCAUUUCUGCCCUUGAACAGGAUUUGCACCUCAACAUUUUUCACACCAAUGUUACCACUGUUGACCAAACCGUACUCUAUUCCUUCAAUGUCAAGGUUUCAAGUGAAACGAGGUACGCAGCAGAGGAUUUGGCCAAUUCUGUCCAGCAAAUCUUCACUUUCAUUAAUGCAACCAGCUAGCAUUAUUAUUGGAUAACACACUACUAUUAUUCUUUUAAUUAAUUUAUGUAUGUAUAAUAUUAAUUUACUCCAUAUUUAUAAAAGAAAUUAAUUAAUAUAUAUACAACAAAAAUGUUAGUGCAAACAAUAUCCUCCAUUUUUAUUGUAUGCCGAGUAGCUUUAAUUACUUUGGGCAACCAGUUAAUAAAGUGAAAAUGGUGUGGUCAAUAUAUAUGCAAGUGGUUA